UGUUUACAUUUGUAGUUUAGUGACAGUUGACGCUUUUCGCGGGAGCAUUUGGGGAGCUGAACAUCACAAUAUUGCCUAAUUUCCCAGCACUUUCCCCAUGCUCUCGAUAAGACACUAGAAAACACCAUGGAAAACGACGACCUGAUCGUGGAGAUCCUGGAAGUGUACAUCAACUACAUCCUGUACGGGCGCCAAGUGUAUCCCAGUGCGAUCUUCAGGAAGCGCAGAUCCUUCAGCACCUUCGUCUACAAGUCCAUCUAUCCGCCCCUCAAUGACUACCUCAAGAGCAUCCUGGAAACCGUGCGCACGCUGAAGCGGAGCAAGAAGCUGCACAAGGUGGAGAUGCUGAUCUACCAGGGAGACACGAUCCUCGAGAACUACAUCUUCGACAUUGAGGAUCUGCACGAGAUCGGAUCCGAUGACAAGUACUUGAUUGAGUUCGAGGAGAACAUCAAGCGGUCCAUCGCCGUUCUCGAGGGCAGACUCAAGGGCCUGAGGCCACUGCAGGGAGACACGAGCUUCAAAGUCGUCCUGCACACCACACAGUCGGCCUUCGUGUCGCUGGGCGGACAGAAGCACCUCGAGGGCUUUCCCUGGCUCAAAGCCAGCGACAUUUCGCCGGAACAGAAGCAAACAGCCACACUUUUACCCAUCACAACCGCGCCUUACGUGGGAUUGCAAAUUUACGCCGAGGAAUACAAUGUCUGAAGACAUUCCUGAUUCGAUUUAAGUAUUUAUUUCCAUGCUAGAGAAUUCUGUAAUCGUCUCAAAGAGGGGAAGAGAAUUGAGGAAUUUCUUCGAUUUUGUUGUUAGAAACGAGCCAAACACUUCUUGUCUUUCCCUUUUGGAUGUACUUCACGGUUGCCUUUCCAACGACUUCGCAACUGUAAGUAAUUCGUUGAGAUUAUAUUA